UUAAUAAAAUAUUUUGACUUGUUUUGAGCUGAAAAAUUGAAAAAUUGUUUUAUUAUUUAGGUACUUCGCUGGCGAAUCAUCAAUGAAGGCUAUAUCAUACUAUUUUUUAAGAGGUGAAACUACUGUGAGAAAUAUAGUGGAAACUACUAGUGAAUCGUUGUGGAGUGUAUUACAACCGUUAUACAUGCCAGUUCCUACUAAAGAAAGUUGGACUAAUGUGGCUGAAAGAUAUCAAGAACUGUGGAAUCUACCCAACUGUGUCGGCAGUAUUGACGGCAAGCAUAUAAGGAUUAAAGCACCGGCCAAUUCAGGAUCAGCAUUCUAUAAUUAUAAAGGAUUCUUCUCUAUAGUAUUAAUGGCAACGGCAGAUGCCGAUGGAAAAUUCAUAACAAUAGACGUUGGAGAAUACGGUCGCAAUAGUGACGGACGUGUUUUAAAAGAAUGUGCUUUUGGUCAACAAUUGCUGAAAAACAAACUCGAUUUGCCUGAACCAUCAACUUUACCAGGAGAAGAAAAUGAACCACCAUAUGCAUACUAUUUUGUUGGUGAUGAGGCUUUCCCUCUAAUGAAUAAUUUAUUGAGACCUUACCCAAGGAGACAAUUAACAAAUGCAAAACGUAUCUUUAACUACAGACUUUCUCGUGGACGUAAAUCAAUAGAAUGUGCUUUCGGAAUGAUGACAUCAAAAUUUAGAAUAUUGGAAAGCCCAAUAUGCCGUAAAAUUGAAAAAGUUGAUACUUUAGUAAAAGCAAUAUGCGUUUUACACAACUUUAUACGUACACACGAUGGUAUUUUUUCAACUUCCACAGAUCUACAAGAAUAUUCUACAGGAUAUAGUGGUGAAACUCAAUUCAACUCACAAGAAAAUAGAAGUAGAACAAGACCAUCUAAUGUUGCAGUAGAAUCGAGAGAUAGAUUAUGCUAUUAUUUUUUAAAACCAUAUGCAUCACUGCCUUGGCAAAACAAUUAUGCUAUUUAAUUAUUUAAUUUUAUAUGUGGGUAAUAUAAA